AUGGGGAGCCAAUCGAUGACUGGGGCGCCAAUCGGUGACUGGGGCAACCUGCCAUUCCUGAUCUUGGAUGGCUGUAAAGAUGCUUUGGAGAGGCACAGAAGCAGCCAGGCUGUGUUGAAGACUGCCCGACUAGUGAACAGAUGGUGGGGCCGAUGGGCGAAUGGUGCCAUUACAAGCCUGAGGGUCACUGUGAGGCCACCAGGGCUGCCAGGAUGCCGGUCAAAUGCUUCCUGUGCCCUGUGCACAGUUGUCAACAAGUUUGUAGGCUUGUGUGAGCUGAAGGUGCAGAUUAGGAAUGAUGGUGAUGCCAGUGACUUGAUACCGCUGCAAGCUCUGAAGCAUUUGGCACGCUUGGACUUGAGGAUGGACUACCUCAGUGAUGAGGUUUUUCAGCGUGUGGGAGGCUUGACGGCCCUCACGCAGCUGGAAAUUUGUGGUCAUUGCCAGGGUGCACAAAUUCCAGACACGAGCCUGGGACACCUUGACAGUUUGGGGUCUCUGAAACAGCUGCGUUUACAACUGUUUGGCAAGAUCUCUGAUGCACACCUGGUGCAGAUUGGGGCAUGGACUGGCCUUCAGCACUUGGACUUGUCUGACUCUACACAAAUUACAGAUGCGGGAAUGGAACAUUUGGGUCAGUUAGCCAGCCUGACACACCUGGAUCUCAGCGGUUGCCCACAAGUUGGGGGUACCGGUUUCAGACUUGUUGCAAACAUGACAAAGCUCAGAUACUUGGAUUUAGGAAAUUGCUGCCUCCCUGACUCCUUGAUGAUGGCCAUCGGGAUGCUCACUGCCCUAACUUUCCUCAAUUUUGAUGGUUUUCCUCGUCCACUCUGCAGGAGAGAUGCGCAACUCAGCGACGAUGGCAUCGCACACAUUGACGGGCUGACGUCCCUUAACCAUUUGGGGCUGAAAUGGUGCAAGGAUGUCACAAACAUGGGCAUCGCGCACGUAGGAGCAUUAAUAUCCCUCACAAGCCUGGACUUGGAUUAUGUCAGCAAUAUCACAGACAGUGGUUUGGCCUUUGUUGGGCGCUUAACGGCCCUCAGAGGAUUGUCACUGAAACAUUGUGGACGUAUCUCCAAUGAGGGCUUGUACCAUGUUGGACAUUUGGCGUGCCUCAGGAGACUAUCAUUAAAUAGUUGCAGGCAAGUGUCUGAUGAGGGAUUGCUGCACAUUGGGAAGUUGACCGCCUUGACCUGGCUGGAUUUGCGCCACUGUAACAAGAUAUCUAGCAUGGGACUGCAGGUUAUUGGCAAGUUGGACUCCCUUACAUAUUUGGACAUAGGAUAUGUUGGACGGAUCGCCGAUGUUCAAUCGGCCCAAUUGGGAGGGCUUAAGAUGCUCCGACGGUUGAGAUUGAAUCAGGGUGCCUGGGAUCUUCGACGCUUGGAACAGACACUGACGGAUUGCAAAAUAACACUGUGGUGA